AUGGCGAUGAUGAUGACUGGCCGUGUGCUGCUGGUGUGUGCCCUCUGCGUGCUGUGGUGCGGUGCUGCGGUGGCGGUGUCGGCAGCCGAUGUAUCUGUCGGUGGCGAUGGCAGUGCGGGUGAGUAUUUGCUGUUGCAGUGGCGUACGCGGCUGCGGACGGAAUGCGCGGAGGAGAUUGGCAGGAUGACAGGAGGCCGUGCGAAUGCGUCCGCCGUCGAGGAAUGCGUGCGUCGGGUGAUGGAGAGUUUGCAUGCUGUUGUGGAUGGCCGCAGCCGUUGGAAGCGUCAACUUUCCGCCGUUGCUGCUCCUGCUCCUGUUUCUCCUCCUGCUGCUCCUGCUGCUCCAGCUGAAGGUGGUGGAAAAGAGAAUCCCAACACGGUGGAAGUUGACAAGACAAGGAACAAUGAGGUUUCACUGCCCAGACAAAACAAUGAAUUAUUGGUGAAUUCAGGACAAGCAACAACAGAAAGUCAAAAGAAGUUACCGCAUUCUGAAACUGAUAUUGUGCCGCCUUCAAACGAAACUUCGGAUCAAGGACAACACAAUGGUGAAAGGAGGAAGGAAGAAGAAGAAGAGGAGGAAAAUGAUGGGGAAAGUGAACAUGAAGAAGAGGAUGCAGAAGAGGGAGAGAAGGCAGAGGAAAGGGAAGAGGAUAAAGAAGAAGAAGAAAGUGAGAAAAACACCAAGAAAGAAGAAGGUGAAGAGGAUGAAGAAAGGGUUGAUGACGACGCCUUGGAGGGGAUGCCGGCUGGCGGUCAAGAGAAAAGAAAUUCAACUUCAGGUCCGGAAGGAGCACCGAAUAAGACGAACACCGAAGGCACUCAAACGCCUGGCGACAGUGACGGCAGCACCGCAGUCUCCCACACCACCUCCCCUCUUUUGCUUCUUCUUGUUGCGUGUGCGGCUGCUGCUGCUGCGGUGGUGGCCGCAUGA